AGCUCACUCGGGCUGUCUCUCCCGGAAGUGACGUAGUCGUCGCGCAUGCGUGGACUGAUCUAAUCUUCCGGUACCGAGCAACUGUUGUAAAUAAUCGUCUACUUCUGUACAAGCAAACCCUUUCCAGGCGUUAUAGGCUCACAUUACGGACAUUCACCUUAAAUAUAUAAACAUAGACGCGUAACGACAUCAUUUAUCACGUCUUUUAGUUUCGUCCCAGGGUUCUCUCGGUGUAACACGUGUUAGCUUCUUGCUAACUAUGAAGAUGAAGAAACAACCAAACAUCCUGUUGACAGGAACACCUGGUGUUGGAAAAACAACCCUGGGAAAAGAGCUGGCUCAGCGGACAGGACUGACCUACGUUAAUAUCGGUGAUCUGGCUAAAGAAGGAGAUCUGUAUGAUGGUUAUGAUGAGGAGUACAACUGCCCCAUUCUGGAUGAAGACCGGGUGGUGGAUGAGCUUGAAGAGAAGAUGGCGCUUGGCGGAGUGAUUGUGGACUACCACGGCUGCGAUCUGUUCCCUGAGCGCUGGUUCCACAUUGUGUUUGUCUUGCGCACAGACAACACUCAGCUGUACACGCGUCUUGAGAGCAGAGGCUACACCGGCAGGAAGCUGCAGGAAAAUGUGCAGUGUGAAAUCUUCCAGAGCAUCUACGAGGAGGCACGGGAGGCCUACAAAGAGGAGAUCGUUCACCAACUGCCCAGCAACACUCCCCAGGACAUGGACAACAACCUGGACCAGAUCCUGCAGUGGACUGAGCAGUGGAUCAAGGAGCACAACUAGCAUUAUGCGGUGGUGGUCCAUAUGAAAGGAGGUGUUGCGCCACAUGAAAGGAGGUGGUGGGCCACAUGAAAGGAGGUGGUGAGCCACGUGAAAGGAGGUGGUGGUCCACAUGAAACAAGGUGAUGACCACAUGAAAGGAGGUGGUGGGCCAAAUGAAAGGAGGUGGUGGUCCACAUGAAAGGAGGUGGUGGUCCACAUGAAAGGAUGUGGUGGGCCACAUGAAAGGAGGUGGUGGGUCACAUGAAAGGAGGUGGGCCACAUGAAAGGAGAUGGUGGUCCACGUGAAAGGAGGUGGUGGUCUACAUGAAACAAGGUGGUGGGUCACAUGAAAGGAGGUGGUGGGCCACAUGAAAGGAGGUGGUGGGUCACAUGAAAGAAUGUGGU